AUCCAGCUGAGCCAUGCCAACCGCCAGGCUGUUGAGGCACAGAAGCACCUGCACAGCACCAAGGGAGUUCUCAAGGACACGCAGCUGCACCUGGAUGAUGCUGUCAGGACACAGGAGGACCUGAAGGAGCAGGUGGCCAUGGUGGAGCGCAGAGCAAACCUGCUGCAGGCUGAAGUUGAGGAGCUACGGGCAGCCCUGGAGCAGACGGAGCGGUCGAGGAAACUGGCUGAGCAGGAGCUUCUGGAUGCCACCGAACGUGUGCAGCUCCUCCACACCCAGAACACCAGCCUUUCCAAUACAAAAAAGAAGCUUGAAACUGAUAAGGCGCAGAUCCAAACUGAGAUGGAAGAUAUUACUAAUGAAGCUAAAAAUGCUGAAGAAAGAGCAAAGAAGGCAAUCACAGAUGCGGCCAUGAUGGCAGAAGAGCUGAAGAAGGAGCAGGACACCAGCGCCCACCUGGAGAGGAUGAAGAAGAACCUGGACCAGACGGUGAAGGACCUGCAGCACCGUCUGGAUGAGGCUGAGCAGCUGGCUCUGAAGGGAGGCAAGAAGCAAAUCCAGAAGCUGGAGGCCAGGAUCCGAGAGUUAGAAGCUGAGCUGGAACAAGAACAUAAACAAUCCACAGAGGCUAUGAAAAACAUCCGCAAAUAUGAACGGCGUGUGAAAGAGCUUGCUUGCCAGAAUGAAGAACAUAAGAAGAAUACAAUGAGGUUACAAGAUCUGGUAGAUAAACUGCAGAUGAAAAUCAAAUCCUACAAAAGACAAGCUGAGGAAGCUGAUGAACAAGCCAAUACUAAUCUCUCCAAAUUCAGAAAAGUACAGCAUAAGAUAGAAGAUGCUGAGGAAAGGGCAGAUGCUGCUGAGAGUCAAGUAAACAAGCUCAGAGCUAAAACCUGA